AUGCAAACAAUUUCCGCUCUGCUAAUUUUGACUCUUUAUCUUGCAAAUUGUGUUACUUCAUCCCCAAUUUGCACAAAUGGGUUCACACUAAUUAACAACAAGUGCUUGAAACUUUUCAAUACUCCAGUCAAUCAUAGAACUGCUGAAAGAUCUUGUAGUAGCUUUGGAGCAACACUUGUUCAGGUCAAAGAUUAUCGCGAUAAUCAAGCAAUUGCGACUAUUGCGGGAUCUGGAAGUUCUACAUUAAUAUGGAUUGGAUUAUCUUGUUUUGAAAGUGAUCCUUCGCAGUGUUUAUGGGAUGAUGGAUCUGAAUCGGCACAAAGAUACAACAACUUUUCCAGUGGUUUUCCAAUUGUCGAACUUGGGCAAUGUGUUUAUUAUUCUACGCAGGGAGCACUAACUGGCAAAUGGCUCAGCGAGGAUUGUGAAAGCCAGCGUGUAGCUUAUAUUUGUGAACUACCAACAACGAUUGCAGAUAGCUGCACUUACAACUACAACGGGUACUGCUACACAUUCAGCACGGCUGAUGCACCAUUUACUACUGCACAGGGAAUUUGCGCAAAAAGCUGUGGAAGCCUUGUGUCAAUACAUUCUUCAAAUGAAGCUCAAUAUAUCACCACCUUUGCGCCAGAAGGUUUUCACUAUAUUGGAGCGAUAUGGAAUCAUAACUCAAGUCUCAACUGGGUAGAUGGUUCUGCGUGGGACUACAGUAAAAUUGAUCCAACAUCUCCUCGAAUAGAUUAUUGUUUGAAAAUGUCGGUGUUUAACGGUUCUCCGACCGGCUUAUGGUACAGUGACAACUGUAUCGACAAUAGGAAGUACGUGUGCAAGCGUGAGGCUGGUGUGCAGUGCCCAACUGUACCACCAACAUCUGUGACACCAAUUUCUUCAAACUCAUCAAACUGCAACGCAGGGCGACUAAUGGAUAAUGCAGUUAUCACCACUCCGAAUUAUCCAGAAAACUACUUCAACAAUGAGAGAUGUACUUAUCAGCUUUCCACAUUGGGGCCAAACAGGGUUUUUCUACAAUUUAAUUUUUCAUCGUUGAAUUGAACAAUGAUAUGGUGAUCGUCUACGAUGGUGAAACGAUAAACAGUCCAGUUUUGGGACGUCUCAGUGGUACUAUAAGAGCUCCGUUUUCAUAUACAUCAACUGGAAAUAACAUGCUUGUAACGUUCACGUCAGAUGAGAGAACCACUUUCCCAGGUUUCACGGCAAAGUUUACUUCUGUUAUCUAUAGACCAUAG